UACGUUACAUUCGCUCCAUCCCUAGUUGAGAGCAGGCAGAACAGGAUGAAAUGUAUCAAAACAGACGUCAACGCUGUACCUGUUUAAAGGAGCCGUGAACCAGGAGGAAACGUUCACCGACAAUUCAGGAGCUCUACUUAGAAGUGUUUUUGGAAAAAAAGAAAAGAAAAAAUAAACUAUUUUGGAAACAGCUUAAGACUUAAAGAAGUGUAGUUAAAGAGGUUUAUGAAAUUAAAACACAAGCAGAUGAGCGCAACCAAGAGGAUUAAAGGCAAACAUGUUAAGAAGAUGAGGAAAACAUUACAGGCUAAUUAGAGAAGAGGUCGGAGUGGGAAUUUCAUUCGGUGAACGGCCGGACAAUGGCUUGAGUUUGUUUUUCUUUCUUUUUUGGGCUGCGAAGAAGCUGCAUUCAUGACCGAGGAGACGGAAAAGAAACUUUACCGCGUGUGCGUGGGAUAUUUCAUUCUAUGAAACUAUUGCGUUUUUUUGUCUGUCAGCGGAACCACCUGUUUCUGGACGGAUUUUAUUGAUUCAUCAUGUCCAAAGUGGUACAGAAAAAGAAUCACUGGACCACCAAAGUUAACGAGUGCACGAUCUGUAAGGACGCCCGCGGCGAGCUGAACGUGCAGCUGCUCGGCGGAGCGGAGAAUGGUGAGUUCGCCUAUAUCGGACCCGUUAACGGGAAUGCCAUACAGUACAGACACGGGAAAGUGUCCGAGGGGGAAUUACUGCUGGAAUUGGAGACGCUCUCUGUCUCUGGAUUGCCGCUGUAUGAUGUGCUGACAGUGAUCAAGAACUGCAAGGGACCGAUUAGGUUGAAAACUGUGAGGCAAGGAAAUAAACUCAAUAAAGAUCUGAAGCACUACCUGAGCCAAAGGUUUCAGAAAUCCUCUGCUGACUACGAGCUUCAGCAAACCAUACGUGACAACCUCUACCGCCACGCUGUGCCUUGUACAACCCGCCCCCCUCGUGACGGAGAGGUGCCAGGAGUAGAUUAUAAUUUCUUGUCAGUGGACGAGUUUCUGAAGCUUGAACAGAGUGGGACACUGUUGGAGAUCGGAUCUUACGAAGGUAACUAUUAUGGAACACCCAAGCCGCCCAGCCAGCCCCCUAGUGGGAAAGUGAUUACUGGCGAUGCUCUGCAAGACAGCCUUCCUGGUUCCCAGCAGUCGACCCCACGCCGAACCAAGUCCUACAAUGAGAUGCAAAAUGCUGGAAUAGUGCCUACAGAGACUGAGGAUGAUGAUGAGGUUCCUGAAAUGAACAGUAGCUUCACAGGAGACUCAAGUGAACCGGACGACCAUCCCUCCGUGCGGCCCUUCGCCCGCGACCACGUUCAACCCUACGGGCUCAACAACACCUCGGCGUCAACCACGGAGAGCUCUCAGAAUACACACACACACCCCGGCUAUCCCACGGAAGAGGACCCUCUGGGGCCUCUGCCCGAAAACUGGGAGAUGGCCUACACUGAGAACGGAGAGGUCUACUUUAUAGACCACAACACAAAGACAACAUCCUGGAUAGAUCCCCGAUGCCUGGACAAACCUCAGAAACCCCUGGAGGAAUGUGAAGAUGAUGAAGGGGUACAUACAGAGGAACUGGACAAUGAGCUAGAGCUGCCCACAGGCUGGGAGAAGAUUGAUGAUCCAGUGUACGGGGUGUAUUAUGUUGACCAUAUUAACAGGAAGACGCAGUAUGAAAACCCAAUUCUGGAGGCUAAAAGAAAGAAGCAACUGGAGCAGUCUCAGCCCGCUGAAGGUGAGCGGUAUAUCCAAGAAUGGAUAGAGGAGCAUUCGACAGGAGCACCGCUAGCGAGCUAUGCUGCUAACCACCAAGAGACUUACAGAGAACCCGGCACCGCCCCUCCACUAGCAUCCCAACUGGGGGCUAAACGAGGGAAGCCAUUUUUCACAAGGAACCCUGCAGAACUGAAGGGAACAUUCAUUAACACCAAGCUGAAGAAGAGUAGGCGUGGGUUUGGCUUCACCGUGGUAGGAGGAGACGAACCAGACGAGUUCCUGCAGAUUAAGAGUCUGGUGCUUGAUGGACCAGCCGCUCUGGAUGGAAAAAUGGAAACAGGUGACGUUAUCGUGAGUGUGAACGACACUUGCGUGUUGGGUUACACACAUGCCCAGGUUGUGAAGAUAUUCCAGUCCAUCCCUAUCGGCUCUAUGGUGGACCUUGAACUUUGCCGUGGCUACCCCUUACCCUUUGACCCUGAUGACCCCAAUACCAGCCUGGUGACUUCUGUGGCCAUUCUGGACAAGGAACCCAUCAUCGUCAAUGGAAAAGAAAGCUACGACUCUCCAUCAAGCCACGGGAGUGAAACUACAGGUGGCGGUGGCAGUUUGAAUGGCUCCAGUGACCCACCUCGCCCCCACAGCCCUUCAGCAGAGGUGGCUUCCAAUGGCUCUCACGGUUAUCCCAGCGACGUGGUGACGUUGGCGUCUUCGAUCGCAACCCAGCCCGAGCUCAUUACUGUUCACAUGGAGAAGGGCGACAAAGGAUUUGGCUUCACAAUAGCAGACAGCCCGUCUGGGGGAGGCCAGCGAGUGAAGCAGAUAGUGGAUUACCCACGAUGCAGAGGCUUGAGGGAGGGAGACAUCAUCAUGGAGGUUAACAAGAGGAACGUGCAGAACCUGACACACAAUCAGGUGGUCGAUCUGCUCAGCAAGUGCCCCAAAGGCAGUGAGGUGACCAUGCUGGUGCAAAGAGGGGUGGCACCUGCAAAGAAGAGCCCCAAACUGCAACAGUUGGAGCGCAAGGACAGUCAGGGCAGCUCUCAGCACAGCGUGUCCAGUCAGCGCAGCAUCCACACUGACUCCCCCCUCCACGCCUCCCAGGCCCUGCUCAACGAGUCGGCCGCCCCACCGCCCCCCUCCCAGCCCCUGCCAAGCCUGCCCCAGGACCCUCCAGUAGACGGAACUCUUCAGAAGAAACCAGAUCCCUUUAAAAUCUGGGCCCAGUCCAGGAGCAUGUAUGAAAGUAGGCUACCUGAUUACCAGGAGCAGGAUAUUUUCCUGUGGAGAAAAGAUACCGGCUUUGGAUUCAGGAUCCUUGGAGGCAAUGAACCUGGCGAGCCGAUUUAUAUUGGCCACAUUGUGAAAUAUGGAGCUGCCGAUGAAGAUGGGCGUCUGCGAUCAGGAGAUGAGCUUAUUUGUGUGGAUGGAACGGCUGUUGUGGGAAAAUCUCAUCAGCUAGUCGUUCAACUCAUGCAACAAGCCGCAAAACAGGGUCAUGUCAACCUGACCGUGAGGCGCAAGACUGGAUAUGGAUUGGCAAAGGUGGAUGGUGAGAUGCCUCCUUCCCCGGCCUCCUCUCACCACAGCAGCACACAGGCCCCGUCUCUGACCGAGGAGAAGCGUACGCCGCAGGGCAGCCAGAACUCCCUCAACACAGUCAGCUCUGGCUCGGGCUCUACUAGCGGCAUCGGUAGCGGAGGCGGGGGCGGCAGCAACAACACGGUGGUCCCCAAUGCCAUCCAGCCCUACGAUGUGGAGAUCCAGCGCGGGGAGAAUGAGGGAUUUGGAUUUGUCAUUGUGUCGUCAGUGUCUAGGCCUGAAGCGGGCACCACUUUCGCUGGAAACGCAUGUGUGGCAAUGCCUCAUAAAAUAGGUCGCAUUAUUGAGGGAAGCCCAGCUGACCGCUGUGGGAAACUAAAAGUCGGAGACCGGAUCCUGGCUGUAAACGGCUGCUCCAUCACCAAUAAGUCCCACUCGGAUAUCGUCAACCUGAUCAAAGAGGCUGGAAACACGGUGACGCUGCGGAUCAUUCCAGGAGACGAGUCCUCCAAUGCAUCACUGCUGACCAACGCUGAGAAGAUUGCAACCAUAACUACCACACACACACCUCAACAGCAAACUGCACCUGAGCCAAGAAACAACACCAAACCAAAACAGGAGUCUUUUGAGUUCAAAGCCCCACAAGCUCCACCUCCUCCAGCUCCAACACAACCUUCAAAUCAGGAUGCUGAGUUCUACUCUGUUGAUCUGGAGAGGGACAAUAAAGGCUUUGGUUUCAGCCUUAGAGGGGGUCGAGAGUACAACAUGGACCUGUAUGUGCUGAGACUAGCAGAGGACGGAGCAGCCGUGCGAAACGGCAAGAUGAGGGUUGGAGAUGAGAUCCUGGAGAUCAAUGGGGAGAGCACCAAGGGCAUGAAGCACGCCCGCGCCAUUGAACUGAUCAAAAACGGUGGCCGAAAAGUCCACCUGGUCCUAAGGAGGGGGGACGGCUCUGUGCCAGAAUAUGACGGCAUCAACGACGGCAACGGCAACGGCCUCGGCGCCGGUGCACAAACUGUUUCGGAAGUGAACGCAGCUCCUCUCGAAAGUCGGCCCCACCCACCAUCGGAGUCCAGCUAUCCACCAGACCUUCACAAAUCAUCACGAAAUGACGAUAGGAGGGCGCGGGAGACGGGCCAACAGGAGCACGGCCACCGGUCAAACCACCGCCACAACAACCACAGACACCGCUCCCCUGAAAAGAAGAGCAGGAGCAAAGGGCACAGCAAGGACAGUGGAGCCUCAAAGCCUCACAAGAGGAAGGGCGACAAGAAGAGGUCCAGCAAAGAUGACUCACACCAUCACCACCACCACAGUCACAACCAGAACCACCAUCACCACCGGAGGCACCGCUCCCCAGAGAGGCGCAGAGCUCGGAGCGCUGAGAACACCUUGGACAGUCGACACGACCACUCACCGGAUAGACGUCACCAUCGCCACUCUUCUCCUCGCAGACACAGUUCACCUCAGCGCUCACCCCAACGAUCCGGUUAUCGCCGCAGCUCUCCUUACCGCCGUAGAUCCCCCUACCGUUCCCCUCAAAGAUCCAGAUACCAGUCUCCCUCAAGACGUCCUGCGGCUUCCUCAGAUAAACCCUACAACGGUGACUUCGACAGGGGGCUGGAUAUGACCUUAAAAGAGCCUCCUGCUCCGAAGCCUCCAUCCCGAUCCGAGAGCAUUCCACAUUUGUCAGCGUCCCUGGACCGGCUUGAUCUGGAAGACACUCUACCAAGAGAGCCGCCCGGCUACUUUGACGACUUUUCCCCUAUGGAGCAAGCCUAUCGCGACUCCACCCUUCUCCGCGGGGCUUCUCGAGACGGCACCUUUCCCCGCGUUCGGACACCCGACUCGGAUUCAGCCUUCCAGAACUACAACUCGUUGUUGAGGGGCCGUUCCCCUGUGAGAAGUGGGGGCAGACAGAACGGAUACCGUAGAGACGAGUCUCCGGUUUCAAACUCGUACCGGACGAGGAGUCUAGGUCGAGACCUGUCUCCCAUCAGAGGGUUCCGCGAUGAGGAGGAAGAGGAAGUCGAAUCCCAGCUGAGUGAUUACUAUAGCACGCUCAGAUCCAAUUACAGUAGAGCUAACAACAGUGUACCUGAGCCAAGGAGGAAUGCCUACAAAGAGAGCCCUAAAGACCUCAGCAUCUGAUGGGUCGGCUAUGAAGGGCGCCAUUCCCACAACCCACUGUCCACAUGAGCCUUCAUCCAAGGACUGCGCAGACCCUGGAUACUAAAUUAUUGAUUUGAAAUCCGGUGUUUUCUCAUGGUUGAACAUCUUUACAACUCUCAACAGCAGAAGAAUGAUUUUGUUUCUUUCCAUCAAAGCGUCAUUUUGGUUUCUUUUAUGACCCUUUUUAUAAAUCUGCUAGCAGUUCUACAGAGAUUGACAACUAUGUAUAAAGAAAACGAUUAUGUGCCUAACAGUACCAUUCUUGGUGUUUUCUUUUUUGAUUUUCUUUUGUUUUGUUUUACAAAGGACAGCCUUUUGGACUACUGUCCGAUUAUGAAAUAUUCUGUUACAGAGAGCCCUCUCAUGCACCGAGCAGCUCAGUCAAUGUGGUGCUCAGACAUAUACUGUGCAUGUCUUUACACUUUCAAUGUCUUUUCUCUCUUUUAUUUUCUCUCUCUUCCCCAGUGCCACUGUUUUUUAGACAUUUGACCAGAGUAUAGCACAAGCCUGCAUUCGUUUGUAUAUUUUUGACAGUUUGCAGUAUGUGUACAUUCAGAGGUGAUCAUUUUAAAAGAAUGAAGGGAUAAUGAAAUAAAAACUAUGAUGAUAAUGUUCAAAAAAUAAAACAGUAUAUAUACACA